GGAGAAGGUGUCUCCCAGUCCCAGAGAAGAAAACAGUUCCAUUUUCUAAUUAAAAAACAUUUAAUUAAUUAUUGAUUUACUUGUAGUCGGCGGGGCCAAAGAGGUCUCUCUUUCGCAAUUCACAAACGCAACGAUCGAUCAAAGUUUUAUUUGUUGAUUUUCUGUUGAAUUGAUCAGAUAAUCUCCGUUUCUCUGAGUUUUAGAGAGAAGAUGGUGGCUGCGAAUAGGGAAAUGGCGGUCUACUGCUUCGACACUCUCGUCGCUCACUACAACAGCGAGGAGGCUCCGCCUCCCGCCUUCGAUGAAGGCCAGCACCCAUUAUUUGUCACUUGGAAGAAAGUGGUCAAUGGUGGGGAGCCUAGUUUACGUGGGUGCAUUGGAACUCUGGAAGCCCAAUGCUUAAUUAACGGCUUCAAGGACUAUGCCUUAACAAGUGCUUUGAGGGACCGCAGAUUCCCCCCUAUACAAGCUAAAGAAUUGCCUUCUUUAGAAUGCACAGUUUCAGUAUUGACUGAUCAUGAAACUGCUAAUAACUACCUUGAUUGGGAGGUUGGAAAGCAUGGUAUAAUUAUUGAAUUUACUGAUCCUGACUACAAUGUUAGGCGAAGUGCUACAUAUUUGCCUGAGGUGGCUGCUCAUGAAGGUUGGACUAAAGUGGAGGCCAUAGACUCGCUGCUGCGUAAAGCCGGGUACAAUGGUGCCAUCACUGAGUCACUCCGGAAGCGUAUAAAGCUGACCCUCUACCAAAGCACAAUAUUUACCUUGAGUUAUCGCGACUACAUCAGUUAUGUUAAGGCAACCAGGGGUCCAGCUUCUACUAUUCAUGGGACGAAGACCAUCAGCUAUUGAUUGUUCUGAACAGUUUUUGCCAUGUUGGCAAGACUGUUUUGCCUCAUCAAAAGAAUUAUCUCAAACACAAUUGGGUUGGAAUUAUUUCUUUAAUUCACCCUAGUUUCAAUCAUUCCAGUAACCUGUUUGUAUCAUUCUUCAAUUUCAUUUGAUUUUGAAGAGGGUAACUGUCAACAUCCUAACAGUGAAUCUAAGUUUCUCUGCUUUUUCAUAUGCAUCAUCAAUGUGUUAGCAGCUUUGGAGAGCUGUACUGUUGUAAAAUUACUUGAAAUUAUUACAGGGUGUUUCUAAUGUUGUCUUCUAUUUCUA